AUGCCAACUAUUGGAGUCGACAAAGAGGAUCUUUUCCAAAUUCUUGGUAAAUCAUAUACUACUGAAGAGUUUGACGAAUUGUGUUUCCAGUUCGGUAUUGAGUUGGACGAAGAUACUACUGAAGAAUGUCAAGGUGAUGAGAGACCACAAUUAAAGAUUGAAGUUCCUGCUAACAGAUACGACAUGUUAUGUAUUGAAGGUAUUGCCCAAGCAUUGAAUGAGUUUUUGGGCAAUGAGCAACCACCAAAAUAUACUUUGAACCCACUGAAACCGGAAAUCUCGCUUACCAUCAAGGAGUCUGUAUUCCCAGUUCGUCAAUAUGCAGCUUCUGCCAUUUUGAGAAAUGUGACAUUCAACCAAAGAGCAUAUGAUUCAUUUAUUGCUUUGCAGGAUAAGUUGCACACCAAUUUGUGCCGAAACAGGACUCUUGUGGCGAUUGGUACACAUGAUUUGGAUACUUUAACCCCACCAUUUACAUACGAGGGAUUAGCACCAAAGGAUAUCAAGUUUAAACCAUUGAAUCAAACCAAGGAAUUUAAUGGUGAAGAGUUGAUGGAAUUUUAUGAAAAGGAUAAGAAUUUGGGUAAAUAUGUGCCAAUUAUCAAGGAUUCGCCAGUUUACCCCGUUAUGCUCGACGCUAAUCGUACUGUUGCUUCCUUGCCACCAAUCAUCAACUCUGAUCAUUCCAAGAUUACCUUGAACACCAAGAAUGUUUGGAUCGACGUGACUGGUACAGAUAGAACCAAGACCGAGAUUGUGAUUAACCAGAUUGUCGCAAUGUUUUCAAGAUAUAGUCAAACUCCAUUUGAGAUUGAGCCUAUCCAAAUUAUUUCUGAACACAAUGGUCAAACUCGUGUUACUCCAAAUAUUGCACCACGUGAAUUCAAAGCCGAGACAGCUUAUAUCAACUCUUGUUUGGGUUUGAAUUACUCAGGUGAGGAAAUUGCUAAAUUGUUGAAGAAGAUGGCUUUGGAUGCUACUCCAUCUACUAGCGAAGACGGUAUCCUCAAUGUGAAAGUGCCAAUCACUAGAUCUGAUGUUUUGCACCAGUGCGAUAUCAUGGAAGAUGCAGCUAUUGCUUAUGGGUAUGACAACUUGAAGAAAACACACCCAAACAGUGAAAGUAUGGUUGCUUCUGCAUUGCCAGUUAAUAAGGUUGCCGAUAUUUUGCGUUUGGCCACCUCUCAAGCUGGAUACCUGGAAGUUAUGCCAUUGACAUUGUGCUCACACGAUGAAAACUUUGCUUGGUUAAGAGCUAAGGACGAUGGCACCAAAGCUGUCAAGUUGGAAAACCCAAAGACCAUCGAGUACCAAGUUGUGCGUACCACAUUGUUGCCAGGUCUUUUGAAAACUGUUAAGGAGAACAGAAAACACUCCUUACCAAUCAAAGUUUUCGAAUGUGGAGACAUUGUUUUGAAAGACGACAAGUUGGAAAGAGGUGCUUUCAACCAACGUAACUGGGCUGCCAUGUAUGUUGGGAAAGCUUCGGGUUUUGAAUACGUUCAAGGUUUGUUGGGAAAGAUUAUGCAAACCAUGAGAACUCCAUGGCUCGAAAAGCCACAAGAGGACAAGAGAAGAGGAUACUGGAUUGAAGAAGACAAGUCGAACCCCACUUUCUUUGACGGAAGAGGAGCCAAGGUUCUUUUCAGAAGCCAGGAAGGCGGUAAGGCUGUAGAAGUUGGAAGCAUUGGAGUGUUGCACCCAGAGGUUAUGAACCACUUUGAUAUCCCAUACGCUGGUUCUGUUGUUGAAAUUAAUGCAGAGGUCUUUUUGUAA